UUCAUGUUUUCUUAGUCUUUAGUGUUAGAACAAGUAUGUCAUUCAUCAUCGUUUUAAUUGUGUUGAGUUUUAAAACGUUUGUUCUGCAGGAUUACAGCCAGAAAAUCUGAUCCCAAUCCCAAUAAUGAUUGGUGAAAAUUCAGCGGGAGCAGACACACCCCCUCGCAGAGAACAAAAUCAAGGAAACAUUUCCUUGAUUUUGUAGUCAGUGUCAUUUAGUAAAAAGUGCAGCAAAGCAACAUGGCAGUGAACAUUAUAGGAAUCAUUGUUAUGGUAUGUUUCUACCUUGUGGUCCUUGGAACUGGAAUCUGGGCUUUUUUUAAGUCCAAAAGGAAACAGCAAAAAAGCAAGACCAGUGAAAUGGAGAUGUCUUUGCUAGGCAACAGAAAACUCAGCUGGAUUGUGGGGACUUUCACCAUGACAGCUACAUGGGUUGGAGGAGGCUCAGUUCUUGGGACAAGUGAGAUGACAUACACACCAUCUAUGGGACUGAUUUCAGCACUCACAUACAGCAGUGCAUACAGCCUUUCUUUCAUUUUUGGUGCUCUGGUAUUUGCUAAACCACUAAGAGAAAAAAACUGCAUCACAAUGCUGGACCCUUUCAAUGACAAGUGUGGGAAAUUGCUAACAGGUGUACUGUCAAUGCUGUCACUGCUACUUGACAUAAUGUGGGCACCAGUUGCUUUUAUUGCUUUGGGAGGAACCAUGAGUGUGGUCCUAGAUGUGUCCUACACUGUGUGUGUCUGGAUCUCUGCUGCUAUUGUCAUCAUCUACACACUGUUGGGAGGUCUCUACUCUGUGGCCUACACAGAUGUUGUACAAUUGAUUCUCAUAUUCAUAAGUAUGUGGCUCUGUGUUCCCUUUGUAUUGAUGAACCCCAGCUGCACAGACAUUGGCCAGAGACUGAUGAACAACACCUUACACGCUCCAUGGAUUGGUUCACAACAACUAAAGAAUACUGGGCUCAUAAUUGAUGAGUUCUUUUUCUUUUUACUUGGAAAUCUGGGAUAUCAGUGUUUUCACCAGAGGAUCUUGGCAGCAUCUUCUUUAGCCUCUGCAAGGCUUUCAUGCUUUGUUGCUGCUUUGCUUUUUCCUGUGUUUUUAUUUCCACCUGUACUAAUUGGAGCAGCUGCUUCAUCCACAGAUUGGAAUCUCACUUCAUAUGGUUCUCCGUCUCCAUACGAACGUGGUGAGGCAGCCCUGAUCCUGCCCCUCACAUUGCAGCACCUCACACCUUCCUAUAUCUCCAUUAUUGGUAUUGGGUGUGUGGCUGCUGCUGUGAUGUCAUCAGCUGACUCUGUGUUGAUUUCUGCAGCUUCUGUCUUCACCUCCAACAUUUACAAGAACAUCCUGAGGCCAAAGGCAUCCAACACAGAGAUUCAGUGGGUCAUCCGAGUUUCUGUCUUGGUUGUGGGUGUGAUUGGAACAUCGCUUAGUGAGGGAAAGAACAGUAUCAUAUUAUUUUGGUUCAUUGGUGGAGAAUUGGCCUAUAACAUAAUGUUCCCUCAACUUUUUUGUGUUAUUUUCUUCAAAAUCUUCAAUGGUUAUGGGGCCAUUUUGGGUUGUGUAGUAGGAGUGAUAAUAAGACUCCUCAGUGGAGUCACAUCUCUAGGACUUCCUGUUGUCCUCCACUUCCCAGGAUGUGUCCUUGAGGAUGGAGUUUAUGUUCAGUACGCUCCAGUCAGGACUAUCUCCAUGCUGUCUGCUAUGGCUGCUACUGUGUUUUUUUCUUAUCUGACAUGUGUGCUCUUCAACAAAGGUCUGCUCCCUGAGAAGUGUGACGUGUUCAAGGUGAAAGUACAUUCACCACAUUCACCACAACAGAUGAGUCCAGUCGAUGACAGUGAGACUAGGGCUGAGGUUUCAGAGUCAUUGAUUUAACACAAAAUGUUAGUUCAGUUCUCACAACAACAGCUGUUUUCAAAACAUGAUGGCAAGGAAAAUAAUGAGACAAUCAGUCAUUUUGGAGCACAUUUCCAAAUAGUUUUUGUAUCAUUCAAACUUUCAGGUUGACACACUGAAUGCGGGGAGAAGGUGGAAAUUGUUGAUGGGGCACCACAAAAUGCUUUUCAACCAAAAUAUGCUACACUUGUGAGCCAGACAGUUCAUUUGUUUGUAUGAAGAUCAAGAUCAAGUUUAUUUGUCAUAUGCACUUUCAACACAGGGUCUACAAUGCAAUGAAAUGCUUGGGAUGGGGGGACCGUAGACUCGCUGGGGUAACAUAGAACACACAGUACUAGCAGCAUGCGAUCCUACUACAGGGAAUAAGGUAAGGAAUAGAGGGAGAAAGGGGGGAUAGUAACAGUUGAAAGGGGGAAUAGUGACAGUUGAAAGGGGGAAUAGUAACAGUAAAAAGUUUGCAUAUGUUGAAGAUAUGUUGCAUAUGUUGAAGAUGCAAAUAAAAAUAUUUUGCUAAUACAAUACAGACUUUUAAUGAGCUGAUUACCUUGGCCCCCCUGCUGGAGUGAUUGUCCCAUGCAGAGCUUAUAGUGCACCUAAUGAAAGCAGUGGUGCUGGUGUCCAUGCUGACCCUUUGCCAAACUUAGAUAAACUGUUUUGACUGGUGAUCAGAAAAAUAUACUGACUUUCAAGAGUUUCUUAACUCCAUUUUGUACUUAUACAUCCCCAAAACAUUACCAGAGUUAUGAACUAAUAUUGUAUUAAAAUUUGUUAUUUUUACGCUAUCUAUAAUAUAUACAAGGAAAAAAGCUAAAAUCAUUCUCUUGCUUUACUGAGCAAACUUGCUGCAACCUACACAUAUUUGGACUCAAUUUUAUAUUUUUAACCAAUUGCAAUACAAUCUGCACAAUGAAGGGUCGUUUUAAACGUUUUUGUUAUGUUCUAUUGAGCUCAAGCUACAGAUGCAAUCCAUCUCUGGUAGGCAUACCCUCAGACAAGUCUGUUUCUGUAGUCAGUCAGUUAA